GGCCGCGGCCAGAGCCUGGGGGCCGAAGCAGGAGCGGGGCUCCUCCUCUGUCGCCGCUCCGCGCGCUCUCAGCUCUCCGGUUCUGUCCGCUCCUGCCCGGUCCGUCGCCGCCGCCAUGGCCCAAGCUGAUAUUGCACUGAUUGGACUGGCUGUCAUGGGCCAGAACUUAAUUUUGAACAUGAAUGACCAUGGCUUCGUGGUUUGUGCUUUCAAUAGGACGGUCUCCAAAGUGGAUGAUUUCUUGGCCAACGAGGCAAAGGGAACCAAGGUGGUCGGUGCACGCUCCUUGGAGGAGAUGGUCUCCAAGCUGAAGAAACCGCGGCGCAUCAUACUGCUGGUGAAGGCUGGCCAAGCCGUUGAUGAUUUCAUUGAAAAACUGGUACCAUUGUUGGACACUGGUGACAUCAUCAUUGAUGGAGGAAAUUCUGAAUAUAGGGAUACCACAAGACGAUGUCGAACCCUCAAGGCCAAGGGAAUCCUGUUUGUGGGGAGCGGAGUCAGUGGCGGAGAGGAAGGGGCCCGCUAUGGCCCCUCACUUAUGCCAGGAGGGGACAGAGAAGCCUGGCCCCACAUCAAGACCAUCUUCCAAGGCAUCGCUGCAAAAGUAGGAACUGGGGAACCGUGCUGUGACUGGGUGGGGGAUGAAGGAGCGGGACACUUCGUGAAGAUGGUGCACAACGGGAUAGAGUACGGGGACAUGCAGCUCAUCUGUGAGGCCUACCACCUGAUGAAAGAUGUGCUGGACAUGGGGCAUGACGAGAUGGCGAAGGCAUUUGAAGAAUGGAAUAAGACCGAGCUCGACUCGUUCCUGAUUGAAAUCACGGCCAACAUCCUCAAGUUCCAAGACAGCGACGGCAAACACCUGCUGCCGAAGAUCAGGGACAGCGCGGGGCAGAAGGGCACAGGGAAGUGGACUGCCAUCUCAGCCCUGGAGUACGGCGUUCCUGUCACCCUCAUCGGAGAGGCAGUUUUUGCUCGGUGCUUAUCAUCUCUGAAGGACGAGAGGGUUCAAGCCAGCCAAAAGCUGAGGGGUCCCCAAAAGAUCCAGUUUGAAGGUGAUAAGAAAUCAUUCCUGGAGGACAUUCAGAAGGCCCUGUAUGCUUCCAAGAUCAUCUCGUACGCGCAAGGCUUUAUGCUGCUGAGACAAGCCGCCACGGAAUUCGGCUGGACCCUCAACUACGGUGGCAUCGCCCUGAUGUGGAGGGGGGGCUGCAUCAUCAGGAGCGUGUUCCUAGGAAAGAUAAAAGACGCAUUCGAUCGGAACCCACACCUUCAGAAUCUACUACUGGAUGACUUUUUUAAGUCUGCUGUUGAAAACUGCCAGGACUCCUGGCGGCGGACGGUGAGCACCGGUGUCCGGGCGGGCAUCCCCAUGCCCUGCUUCACCACCGCCCUCUCCUUCUACGACGGCUACAGACACGAGACGCUGCCCGCCAACCUUAUCCAGGCUCAGCGGGAUUACUUCGGGGCUCACACUUACGAACUCUUAGCCAACCCCGGACGGUUUGUCCACACCAACUGGACAGGCCACGGUGGCAGCGUGUCGUCCUCUUCCUACAAUGCCUGACCGGACUGGUCACCCGCCACGAUUCCACAGAUUGGGACAUUCCACUUGGCCACACGACACCGCUUACGCAGCCCUCUGCCCCACAGCCCACUGCGCAGACCUUUUAAAAUAAAGUCUCACAAGGGACUCCUGAAAAAGUCGGCAUGAGUUUACUUGUAACGUAGCUCUUUGAGACCCGCCAUGCCCUCGGCCCCCGCCCCUUGGGGCGACCCGGAGGGGACCAUGUGCGCGGUAGCGUGAAUCAGCUCCACGUGGCACCUGUGGUCGGGGCGGGAGGCAGCGCAAUCUUCCCGGCUAGAGGCGCACGUAGAUGGGAAGGGUUUCUGUGGAGUCCGCUCAAACUGGAACCUUUGUAUCACGUAGUAGAAUUCCCAGCUUUCUCUACUUAAUAAAAGAUACAUUCUAUCUGUGCUU